AGAAAACGCGCCGGCAUUCGCCCUAUCCGUCUCGAGGCGACACGAGCCCUCUGUGCGGCUCUUAAAGAGCUGCGUUGGCGGGCGGCUCAACGCGCACGGGUUGCACUAGCCCUGCAAAAUAAGCCAAGAGCAUCCCGAGAUCUCACGGCCCGCAUCGCCUCCAACGCUCACCCCGGCACCUUGCUUGCUGCACCCAGCGCCGUCCGUUGACAACCCGUCAACGACACGCGAAAACCACAGCGUCAGCACUGCCAAGCAACAUGCGCUGCCUCGCCGUCGCCCUAGCGCUCACGGGCACCCAUGGCUUCAUGUCGCACAAGCUCCCCGCCACGCCCAUGCGCGGCGCGGCGACGCAGCUGACGAUGCGCCUCGGCAACGGCGGCGGCGGAACGAGAAGAGGCGGCUUCACGGGCCGCCUCGGCGCGGGCUGGAAAAAGGGCAUCGUCCCCAGAAACCCGGGCGGCGGCGGCGGCAUGAUGGGCGGCGGCCCGCCGCGCGACGUCUCCCGGAGAGCGGCCGACGACGAAGGCGAAGAGCCGCCCGCGCCCAAGGCCGCCGAGGCCGCGGGUUUGUGGGCCGCCUACGAGAAGGCCCUCGAGAAGGACCCCCUAUUGAUCAAGGGCCUGACGUCCAUGACGGGGUUUGCGAUUGGCGACAUAUUAGCGCAGCAGUUCAUCGAGAAGAAGGGCAAGUACAACCUGAACAGGACGAUCAAGAUGGCGUCCUUCGGCUUGCUGGUGCACGGCACGACGUCGCACUGGUUCUACGGCAAGCUGGACGGCAAGAUCCCGGGCACGGACGCCGGCGCCGUCGCGUCGAAGGUGUUUAUUGAUCAGGUCUUGUGGAACCCGAUCUUCGGCGUCAUGUUCUUCGGCUACAUGGGUCUCUGGGAGCGCCAGGGCGUCGACGGCACGAUCAAGCGCAUCAAGGGCGACCUCAUGACCCAGGUCACGGGCUCGUGGACGGUCUGGCCGGUGGCGCACGCGAUCAACUUCAAGUUCAUCCCGACGGAGCAGCGCGUGCUGUACAUCAACACGAUCCAGAUCUUCUACAACUGCUUCCUCUCGAUCAUCGGCAACCGCGACGGCAAGAAGAAGGGCCGCAAGUAG